AAUUACCCUUUGACUCAUUCAGAAAAUGGUGACCGCACUGGAUAAGAACUGGCACCCGGAGCAUUUCUGCUGUGUGAAGUGUGGGCGACCUUUUGGGGAGGAAGGCUUUCACGAGAAGGACGGGAAGCAGUAUUGCCGGCAGGACUUCUAUGAGCUGUUCUCCACCCGUUGCCAGGGGUGCAACCUGGCCAUCCUGGAGAACUACAUCUCUGCUCUCAAUGCCCUGUGGCACCCCGAAUGCUUCGUCUGCAGGGUAAGUGGGGACUUGGGAGCAGGAAGGCCGACCACAAGUCAAAAUACAU